GAAGAUGUCCGGGACAUCUUGCAAGCAGUCGUUGUGUGCCAUCUUUCACUAAGCUUGUGUAAAUUUGCCAAAUAAUGCUGCACAAAAGGGGAACUGUUGAAUGUUGUUGAGAUGAGCAGGAGGGGGACCAGCGAGUCCAAAACCGGUGCCUAUGACGUUGUGCAUGCUUCCUUCGCGACUCCAAGACACAGGCGCCGGGAUAAAUCAAUCAAGCGCGCUUGAUUACUGAUCGGCCCACGUUUCGCGUUUUGUGCCAGUGUCGUAAACAAAGCUCGUCUUCCACCUUUCUCAUUCUACUAGCUGUAGCCACUAUUUUCCUCUUGCUCCAUUUCAAUGCCGCGUGAAAUCAUUACCAUUCAGGCCGGGCAGUGCGGCAACCAAAUUGGCUCCGAGUUCUGGAAGCAGCUGUGUCUCGAGCACGGAAUAAACUCUGACGGGAUUCUCGAGGACUUUGCCACAAAUGGCACUGACCGGAAGGACGUGUUUUUCUACCAGGCGGACGACGACCACUACAUUCCGCGCUCUAUUCUGCUCGAUCUGGAGCCACGAGUCAUCGAUACAAUCAUGAACUCGCCCUAUGGCAACCUGUACAAUCCGGAAAACAUCUUUGUCAGCAAGGACGGGAGCGGCGCUGGCAACAACUGGGCCAGCGGCUACAGCCAGGGCGAGAGGAUCUGUGAGGAUAUCCUGGAGAUGCUGGACCGCGAGGCCGACAACAGCGACUCACUGGAGGGGUUCAAUCUGCUGCACUCUAUUGCUGGUGGUACAGGCAGUGGUCUGGGUAGCUUUCUGCUCGAGCGCCUCAGCGACCGGUACCCAAAGAAGCUGCUACAGACAUACUCUGUCUUCCCUAACAACGAGGACUCAUCGGACGUCAUCGUUCAGCCUUACAACAGCCUGCUGACCCUAAAGCGUCUGACAAACAACGCCGAUUGCGUAAUGGUCCUGGACAACGCAGCGCUAACACGUAUCGUCGCUGACCGCCUACACAUCCAGAAUCCUGAUAUCUCACAUACGAACCGGCUGGUAUCGACGGUUCUUGGGGCGAGCACGAUGACGCUACGGUACCCUAGCUACAUGAAUAACGAUCUAGCCAGCAUCAUCGCCCCGCUGAUCCCCAUCCCCAAAUGCCACUUUAUUUCCACAGCAUACACACCAUUCACCAGCGACAACGCCGAGAAGGCAAAGGCUGUGCGCAAGACGACCGUCUUGGACGUGAUGCGGCGUCUGCUGCAGAACAAGAGCCGCAUGGUUUCGAUCACUCCGACCAAGAGCAGCUGCUACAUGUCUAUCCUAAACAUCAUUCAGGGUGAUGUCGAACCGACGGAAGUUCACAAGUCGCUGCUGCGCAUCCGCGAGCGUGGCAUGGCCCAGUUUAUUCCGUGGGGGCCAGCCAGCAUACAGGUUGCCCUGACCAAAAAGUCUCCGUACAUCCAUACGCAGCAUCGCGUAAGCGGCCUGAUGAUGGCCAACCACACCAGCACCCGCGGCCUGUUUGCCAAUAUCGUCAACCAGUACAGUCGCCUGCGCAAGCGCAACGCGUUCCUGGACAGCUACCGCCGCGAGGCAAUGUUUGCUGACAGUUUGGAGGAGUUUGACGAUGCGCGCAAUACGGUGGUUGACUUGAUCAAGGAAUACGAGGAGUGCGAGUCCGAGUCGUAUCUGCGGCCACCAACAGCGGCUAGCAGCUAGCUCUGGAUUCAUUAGGAUAUGCAGCUGAUUGCGAAUAUACACAACUCCUGGGAAACCCAUGCAUGUGACUCCUCCCCAUAUAGUUGCUGAGGCGUUGUCUCGGGAUACGUGACGUACAUUCUAG